ACUACGUUCAACGCGAUGUGUGAAAGAUGGCGGCAACAGACGACGAAGCAUUCCUUGUUCACUCUAAACUGUCAAAUGAUGAUCGGUUAGAAUGGGUUCCGCUGUCUUUAACAUUGGUUGAAUAUCCUCAAGGGGACUGGCUUGGCAAACUGUUUGCAAUCAUCAGUCUGAUGCCGUUUGGCAUAAUCUCUGGCUUCGUAGCACUCAUACUCUUCAGAAGAGAUAUGCACACGAUAACAUUCUUUCUUGGCACUGGAUUGAAUGAAGUAUUGAACUUGAUACUGAAGCAUACUUUCUGCGAAGCGCGCCCUAUACACAGGAAUGCUCUGUACACAGAGUACGGGAUGCCUUCAUCUCACUCACAGUUUAUGUGGUUUUUCUCCACCUAUGUUUUGUAUUUUGUUUUUAUUAGGUUGCAUCAUAUAAAUAACAACACAUUAUUAGAAAAUAUGUGGAAAACUGCUAUUUCAGUUACAUGUAUUUUAGUUUCUACGCUAGUCACAAUCAGCAGGGUGUACCUGCAGUACCACACGUGGAAGCAAGUCCUCAGCGGUGCUCUGGUCGGGUUCCUGUUUGCGUCCCUGUGGUUCGCCCUCACGUACCUCAUCUUCACACCUCUGUUCCCGCUCAUCGCCUCGUGGAGGAUGUCGGAGUUCCUGCUGCUGAGGGACACGACGCUGAUCCCCAACGUGCUGUGGUUCGAGUACACGCACUCGCGGCAGGAGGCCCGGGCCCGCGGCCGCAAGCUGGUGUCCAUGAAGUCCCAAUGACGGCUGCCGUCGCUGGACGAGGACGGCCUCCUCCACAGCCUCCUGCACUUCUACUGGGCCUGCAAGAGGUAGUGCCCCGCCCCCCGAGUGCGUACCUCGUCGUGAUUCCACUUCCGUGUUUUACAACAUGGCGAGUUUCCUUUUUUCAGGUGGUUGGAAUGUGUUUGGUCGUCGAUCGUGCAUCUUUGUAAAUUAAUUUUCUCCGUCUCUUAAACUGCAGCUGCGAAAAUGACUUUUGCAUUUUUUUUUUUAUUUGUGAUAAUGUGUGCACGGUUAGGGGUGUGUGAUAUUUUUUACGAGCAGCUUGAUUUGUUAGUAUGGUGUUUGCUGAUCGCCAGACAUUUUAACAUAUUUAGCUCUCGGCGGUGACUUGCUUUCUUGGGAUGGAGAAAGAAAGACUUUUUCGAGUAGGUUGGUAAAUGGAAGAGAAAACUAUAGCAGCAGCCAAAUCGUCAGCAUAUUUCUAUGAGUACUUUUCAUAGUUAUAGAAAAAAAAAGGGUACAAAGUAUGGCAUUAAAUUGUACUUUCAUUAAUUAUAUUUUGAUAAUACCUAUUUUUGCUUAUAAAAUAUGAAGUAUGGUAAGUUUUUUAUAGUUCUCACUCUUGUCUGGGCUGCUAUGCUUUUGAAAAUUAAUUGGUUUUGGAAUUUUGUGUGCUCAUAAAUGCCCCCCCCCCCCCUUUCUCUCUCUCCCCCCCCACCCCCCUCUCCCCCCCCCCCCACCCACCUCCCAUUAUUCACCAUAAUUUCAUUUACACCAAAAAGAUAGCGACACACAGUUUUUUUUUUUCAGAAUAAAGAGCUAUCAUUGACAGUGAUCUCGGAGGCAUCGUGAUGAGGAGGGUCAUGAGUUCAUUCUACUGUCAACAGGACUAAGUAUAAUAAUGAAAACUCAUUCCAUCCCACCUCUCCAAGUCACCGUUAGGUGGUCUAGAUUUAAUUCCCAAUAGGUGAAUUCUCAUUUUUAACCUUUUUACAUAGGGAUUCACAAUUUUUCCCCUCCCCCCUCAAACUCUGUUCAUUGUAGAGCCUUAGUUUCACUUCACACAGUUAUUGUAAUGUGUAGGCUAGUGUGUCGAAAUUCCAAAUAGACAAUCUGUAGUCCAUAAAAUUUUUUAUAUGUUAAAAACAAGGCAAACUAUUAGCAGUUUGUAAUAACUGCAAAACAAAUUUCUAAACAUUUUAAAGCAAAUUUUAUUUUUAAUCAAGUAUUUACACCCAUUAACAUGAGUUCGUAAUUGAGGAAAAUAAAACUCUCCCUCCGUAUAAAAAUUUUUUACAUCCUUUGGAAGUUGUGCCUACUAAAACUUUGAUCUAGAUUUUCUCUAUUUUAAGCUGUCCUAUGUUGCUUUAAAUAAUGAAGACUAUUGUCUUUUUUAUAAAGCUGAGUUUCGUUAUACUAUGUUUGUGCAUCCUGUACGUCGGAGUUGGAGCUCUUAAACAUGAUCUAGGGCAUGAAUCCAAUGUUUCAGUCUACUUUUGGCCAAUCUCGUACAUAAACUGCACUUAAUGUGAAAUGCAAGAGAUUACUGCGAUAACUAUAACAGUUCUAAGUUUGGGAGUUAAUAAAUAGUUGUAUGUAGACUUAAAAAGUGCUAGUGUAGCUAUUUGAUAUGGAAGAGCAAAUACAUGUGCAGGUGAUUCUUGAGUUAGGAAAAGAAAAUCGUAGUGUGAAAAUUGCAGAUACAACAUAUUGUGAAGGAUAGUGUUUGUGACUUCCAUUUUGAUUACAAAAUGCCCAAGUGAGCGUAGGGCAGGUAUUCCGAUUCCUGCAAGUGAGUCUAUUCUUGCCUGUGUAAUAAAUGGGACACGGCCUAAGAUAUUUUAAUAUACGUACCUAAUACAUUACUUAAAUAAUGCAGUAUAGGGUUAGCCUAUUACAAUUCACAUGCUGCCAUUGUAUAACCAUAACUGUCACUUUUAAUGAAAGCCUUUGUAAUUUUUAUUUAUUUAAAAUAAUAGUUUUUAAAAUUUCUGUCUUAUUGAUUGUUACAGUAUAACUCACAAAAAUUACUUUUGGGUGAAAUUUAGCUUAAGAAUAAUAUUUGUUGUGAAUUUUCAUUCAGGGAAUUUUUCAUCCAGAUAAGUUGCAUCGUUCCCGCAACAUUUACACCUUUGUAUUUGCAUGCAUCACUCUAGAACUAUUUCACACCACCAAAGUUGCAGCCACAGCUAGUGUACUAUGUAUGAGGCAGUUAGAAGCAAAGGGGUGAAGGUGGCAGAAUAUAGAUAUGUAUUAUGUUUGAACGUGAAUACGAAACUGUUUCUAGGCAAAGGGAAACUGUAUGCUCUGAAAGGGACUCAGGUUGUUGUCUCCAUUGUGCAAGUGUUUAACUAUUUAACAAAAUGUUUUUCCUCUUUGGAGGCAUUGUGUUUGUUCUCUUUCAAUGUUUUUUUCUCAAAACUAUCCUAUAUUCACUUAUACUCCUUUGCUUCCUAGGGUCUCACAUUUGUUAAAAAUUGUAGUCAGAGUGUUUUCAUUGAUUUGGACCCGUCAUACGCAGCUAUGCAUAUUUUAUUAUUUAUUUUAAUUUUAUUAUAAGUAAACGAGACUUGACUAUUUAAGAUUAUAAUUUUCAUUACAUUUUGUGUUGUAAAGUACUUUCUUUUGUAUAUUUUAUGAUAUAUUUUUCUAUAUCUUAAUUUUUUGGAAACUUGAAUUGGGAGAAAACAAAAAAAGUACAAAGCUUGUAUAUUUUGCAUUACACUGUUCUAUAUUGUAAGUAUAAACUAAACUUUAAAAUUUAUAUGUACGUAGUUACAUUAGGUAGAUAUAUUUGCCGGAGAAUGGAAAGUUGUUUGAUAGUUCAACCUUAGAUUGAAAUGUGUAUGUACCCAAAUAUGUGGUGCCAUGUGUUAAAAUUUGUUUGUUGACUGUUUGGCAGUACGUUUUAUAUGUUAUUUUCUGUUAGCCUAGUUUAAAUCAAAGCUUUUUAAUAUCUUAUGUGUUGUUCCUUAGUAGGAAUAGUAUGUUGGAAUGCAGUAUUCAGUGUUUAAUUCAUUUGGUGACUUUAUUGAAUCUUGGAUGUUAUGUUUUUCGGUCUGCUGCUCUAGCAUGUUUUAAGGGUAUGAAAAAUGAUCCUAUGGUAUUAAAAAUUGGAGAGUACAGUUGGAUAAUAAAGUAGCUGGCAACAUAAGGAACUCUGUUUAUAUAAUUUGAUAUUUGAUGUUAACGUAACAAGAACAUGACAAGAGGAAUACCGGGGAAAUAAACUCUUGUGCUGUGUGCUUCCUAAAAGCUGAGAUUUAGAGGGCUGUAAAUUCCUCGACUCUGCAGGGUAAAAUCAUUGGUGGCCCAUCACCGCGGUCCUAGCGGUUCAUGACACAGUUUCUACCGUACAUUAUGUUCAAGCAGUGCUGUAUUCGGUGUUCCCAUUCAGAAUAGCGGUGCUUGAUUUAGUAAUAGUUGAGUUUAUUUAUUCAUUCAAAUGUAAGGACAAUUGCAGUUGAAUUGAACGUGUAAAAUGUGCAUUCGUAUAUGAACUAUCGACCUGGACAAACAGCAAUAAGUCCGUUCCCAACCAAAAGCCCCCAUUCAGAUGCCUUUAAAUACUCAAAAGUGAUUUUGUUUCUUUCAGCUGUAUAUUUUAAAAGUGGAACCAACAUACUUCUUUCUGAUAUUUUAGUAAGGAGUAUGAUACCCUGUAGUAUUUCAAAAGUUUUGGCCAUUAAUUACAGUGAAACCCUGAUUAUCCGUUUUCCAAUGAACCAUGAGUAAAAAACGGAUAAUCCAGGAAAUCCUACAAUGUGGGAACACACUCUAAAGUUACCAAAUACACAAUGUAUGUACUAUUGCAAAAACUUUCAGUGAAUCAGUUAGGUAUUUCCAUAAACUGACACCAGCAGCACACUGUAUAUACACUAUCAAUAUUGGAAAAUUAUACUUCCUUAAUUUUUUUAAAUGAACAAAACAAAAUAAACUUCAAAUUUGUAUGUUUUAAGCAAGUAAUUACGUAUGUAUUAAUCAAAAUUUAAAAGGUACAUACUCACCACAUGUUAUAAGAUGCACACUUCUUUCUUAUUUAUAAUGCAGAGAAAUUAUAAGAUGAGUUUUUAUGCAGCAAAAUAUUUUUGGUGUUUGUAAUCACAAGUUUGUUAUUAUUAAUUCAAUGUACAAUAAGAAAUACACUUAUUUAAAUCAAAUAAAAGGGGGAAAUAAUGUACAAAUGAACUGUAAUUAACACAAGUCUCACAUCCUCCUUGACACUUAUUUUUUAGUGAAGAAGUCUUGUAUUUUUGUUUGCUUGGUAUCAGAACUUCUUUUUAAGACUGAACAGCAAGGUUUGCAUCAUUGAAAUUCUAUCUUCUUCCAAAUCUCCGAGCUUAUGCGCAUAGCAAAAUGCCUUCACUUUGUCGAAAGCAGCUAGUGCUUCCGAGAAUGAGGGUACCUCUUCUCCAUCAUCUUCAUUUGCUUCUUCUUCACUUUCUUCCUUUUGUCCUUGAGCAUCGCUACACAACAUCUCAAUGCUCACCUCACCACACGUAGCAAGAUCAUCGUCUAGACUGCAGUAGGUUUCGAAGCCAACAUCUUCACCCAGCUUUUCCCAAUCUUUUUCGAACUCCUUGUCACUCUCCGUCACAAUUUCAUCAACUGGUGAAAUUACCUUUCCAACGCCAUAUUUCUGGAAGCAGUGGGAAAUUGUUGUCGCUCUUAUGUUUUUCCACGAAACUGACAAAUAGUGGAUGGCCUGGAACACAUUGAUUUUCAAUGGUUUACCUGACUUCUCCUCUCUAGCAUCUAGCAGACCCACUGCCUUCCGCACAAGCAUUUUUCUGUAUUGUUGCUUGAAGCACUUUAUUACUCCUGCAUCCAAUGGCUGCAACACACUAGUGCAGUUUGCAGGGUAGAAGACUACUCGCACAUUUCGUAAAAAAAGACAUGUCCUUCGGGUGAGCUGCGCAGUUGUCCACAAACAGAAUGAUUUUGCGACAGUAAGUGCCCAUGCUGGAGUCUAGUUCACACAAAAAUGAUCUAAAAAUGUCAGCAGUUACCCAUGCCUUUUUAUUGGCAUGGUAUGUAACUGGCAGUGUUUUAACAUUUUUAAAACACCUUGGCUUUGCUGAUUUUCCCACUACAAUGGGUUUCCUUUUGUCACUUCCAUCACUAUUUGCACAUAACAACACAGUUAUUCUUUCUUUCGAUUGCUUUCCUCCAUGGCAAGAUUCACCUUUUAAUGAAAGGGUUUUGUCGGGGAGACAGUGAAGAACAGCCCUGUUUCAUCAGCAUUGUAGAUGUCCCUUGGAGAAUAUCCAUAUAAUAACUGUGGAAGUUGUUCCAGCCACUGCUCAGUAGUAUCUUUAUUUACUACAGCACUUUCUCCAGACAAUUGUUUGUAGGCAAGCCCAUGUCGUUCCUUGAAUCUACAAAUCCACCCAUUGGAAGCUGUGAAGUUUUCAACUCCAAGUCGUAAAGCUAUUUGAAGAGCUUUUUAUUUGAUCAGUGUGCCAUCCACUGGGAUGUUUGAUGCCCGAACUUGCUGUAACCAAGAAAACAAAACUUUCUCAAGCUCACUGUAUUUCGACUGUCUUGCCAUUUUCCGUUUUUUUGAAGACUGGCCGAACUGACUUGCUUGUUUCCGAAUCUCAUUUCUUCUAGUGAAGAUAGAAUUAAGAGUCGAUGGAGGAAUACCAUAGCGCUUUGCCAAAUCAACCCGUUUUUCGCCUGGAUUUUUUUCAACUGCAUUUAUAAUUUCUAAACGCUCUUUAAUGUUUUUAACCUCUUUUGUAGGCCGAUACAUAUCAAUGAACCUUUACAAAUUUCACACGUGCAUUAGAGUUAAAUGCGUAAAGCUAAUUUACCGUAAACAAAGAAAAUCUCGCGCAUAUACGGCCGGCCACGGAAACGCUAGGAUGAACAAUUUCGUCUAUGUUUCUCGCACGAUUUCACUGUCGCUAAAUAGAAACGUGUUUACGUUGGGCUAGUGUGUACAGUAUAUCGACCACGGUUAUAUUGUAGUGUCGAUUAUCGCACAAAGCAAGAACUAUCGUGCGAGCGUUAGCUUUCGUCUGUUGUUUUAUCGAAGUUGGUGAACCUGUUAGCAACAGCGUCAUGCUCACUUUAUUCGUUUUCUUUUAGUAAUGGCAGCCAUAUGUAAAUAUUGGUAUUGUGUGUCGUGUAGACACGCGUAAACUGGAAUAUUUCUCAGGAAUUUGAAUGUGAAAUCGGUAAAAAGCCUGUUAAGUUCAACCCGUUAAACCGGGUUAAAAAAUAUUCAUAAACGAUGGAAACGGGAUUUUUUUAACAUUAUUCUUGCGGGAUUUUUUCGGGACCACGGACAUUGAACAAUAAAACCGGGAAAUUCUACAAUGCGGGAACGAAUAAACGAGGUUUCACUGUAUAUGGCAAUCAUCAGCUGAAUACGUAGCUGAAUACCAAGGGUCAAUUACACCAUAGCUAGGUUAAACUUCGGUAACUAAGCUUUGGGUAAAGUUACACCAUGAUUUUAAGGUUAAGGUUAAAUUUUUUAUUUCCAUUUUUUGCAUGCCACUAAUCUUACGAUGAUGGUUAGAAACUUAUUUAAAAUGUGGUGGUGAUUCUUUUUUGUUAAUUUUGUGGUCAAAUAUAAUUAGGUUUGUAAAUAAAUACAGUCCAGAAACAAAAGGAAUAUUUUAAUUUUUAAACAUUCAUUAUAUUAAUUGCAAUUAUUUCAGAUUUAAAAAACUUAAUAUUUAUACAUUUGCAAUUUUAAAUGAGUGAAGUGAGAAAUUUGAGCUGGCACUUGAUUAGCUCUGCCAGUUGACUGCACGUUUCUAGUAGACUUCUGCGAAUUGUGAUUUUUCAAUUUGAAUUGAAUUUUAAAAAAAAAUGAGUUUAGAAUUUUUUUAAUCGAAUUUGAGAAUAUUUAUUAAAAUAACAUAGAAUAUUAAAAAAAUUUAACAUACCACCUUUUAAGAACUUGUCACAUAAUUCACAGUUUAAAUCAAGUAACUAAAAUUAAAGUGAGACUAUAUUGAAGAAGCACAACCAGAUUCUCAAAAAUUAUAAAAAAAAAAUUCAAAUUAUAUGUUUGUAGCACUAACAUAAAUCACUUCGCAAAUCAUUUCAACUUGUCAUGGAGAAAGGUGUUCAUCGACAUGGUGCGGCAACAACAAUUCUCUGCGGCUGAUAACUAUGUUGCCUGCUGUAGAGAAAACUCUCACUUGCCACCUGGGUGGCUGGCAGAUUGAGGUAGUUGUCUGCUACCUUGGCAAUGGCAGGAUAAUUGUGACGGUUGUUUCUCCACACUCAUAUGGACUGUCGUGUCUUGGUAGGCGGGGUGCUGCAAGGUAACUUUCAAUGGCCUUUAUAGAUGAAGGUUCAUCUAUUUGAGGUUGUGUUCGGGGAUGUUUGUCCAGUUCAUCCCACAAGGAUCCAGUACUUUCUGGCUGCAUGACUUGAAGAGAGUUCGCAAACUUCUCUGGUGCAUUAUCGAUCUGAGUAUUCUGUAGUGCUUUCUUAAGUAGAAUAAUUGAAUGUUGCCUUUCAUUUUCAUCUUCAAAUAAUGUAACUUUGUAUCUUGGGUUAAGAAUGGUGCAUAGGGCAUUUACAUAAUCCAUUUUGUACAAUGGAAAUAUUGUUGCUAAAGCCUUCAAAAGGUUUCGUCCAAAUGCUACACCGGGUGUGUUUUCAUUCUGUAUGUAGUUCAGUGUUGCUGCUUUCAGGCAGUGAAUCAUUGGAACAAUCAUUGAAGCUGUUGGGUAACUGUUCCCACUUGACUCUUUGGUAGCUUCUGCAAAAGGUUUCAUAACUUUAACAAUUCCUUCUGUAAGCUUCCACUCACUCUGUGACAGAGAAUCGGUAUCUGUGUCGGAAGUACUCAGCUCGGCAGCUAUAGCUUCUCGAAGGUGCAACAAUCUCUCCAGCAUGGCAUACUCGCUACACCAUCUAGUCUCGACAUCUUGAAUCAGUUUGAGCUUUGGCUGCUGCAAAUUUUCUUGCACCUUGCCCAGCCUUGACCUUGCAGUAGAACAUUUGUUGUUGUGACCAAAAAUUUUGCGUGCUUAUGGUAUUAAAGUUUUGACGUGUUGUGUCGAGUUCUUGGCAUCAGAAAUGGCAAGCUGUAGUGUAUGUGCAAAACAAAAUCUGUGCAUGUAGUUUGUUCCACUGAUAGCAGAUUUCAGGUUGCUGGCAUUGUCUGUUACUAUGAAUAUUUUUAUUGGACUCUGCUCGUUGGGGGGUGGCAAACACCACUUUCUGGUUAUUUCAGAGAGUCUUUGUCGAAGGGUCAUACCAGUGUGCGAUUCUUCAACAGCAAUGUUACCAAGCUUAACUGACUUACAUACAAAGUAUUUUGUAUAGUGGCAUGUUAGUGACAUGUAGCUCUCCCCUGCUCUUGACGUCCAAUUAUCUGUUGUCAGUGCAACAUGUUUGGGGCUUUCGUAAGUGGCAGUAUCAAUGAGAUGUUCUUUAAUCAUGGCCUGUAAUUUGUCCCUUUCUAGGUUUUACAGUUCAGGAACAAUCUGUGGGGAAAAUGUGCUGACUGGGACUUGGUAAUUAGGUUUCAGAUGAUGCAUAAAGUCAAGAAAGUCUUUUUCUUCUACGAACCUGUAUGGUAGAUGACACAUGGCACUCAUUCGAGCAAUCUUCACGUUAAUUGACUUUGCUUCUUUUCCAUGAGCAGGCAUGUCAACUUUUUUCAAAAAAGCUGAAAUUGGUUCUUGCCGUUCACCCAUACCAUUAGCAGAUGUUGAUGUGAAAGCGGUUGAUUUUGGUGUGGAUUUCUCUUUAGCUCCUCCAGAUAGUUUUAAAAAUUCAUGAUACUGGAUGGAGUGAUGGCAGGAAAGGUGAGUUUUCAAUUAAGAAGUUGCACCUGAAAUGUGAAAUAAAAUUACUAAGUAAAACAUGUUAGGCCCUAUGUACAAAUUUACACAAAUAGAUUUUGGUAAUUUGAAGAGAAGUGGAAGCACUUCAGACUUGUGUUCAUUAUAGCUAUGUAGACCAAAAAUAAGAAUCGUUAUUUUACUGGUUGCACGAUACUUUCGAUUAAUUAAUAAUAACACACUAGACGUGUGUAUUUUCCAUCAGCAAUUACAAGUGAUAGCACGGACGAAAAGGGUCUGAUUACAGUUUGUUUACCUCGUCGGGCGAAGAUAAAAGUAUUAUAUCAGCAGAUAAGUAUUAAUUAUAUUAAUAAUAUUUGUGUAGUGGAAUCAAUAUAGCAGAAUUUUAAUACAGCUGGAGCGAAAAUGCCUUGUUCCGUGUCGACUAAGCAUAAAUAAGAUGACCAUAAUUUAAUACUAACCUGUGGGCAUCUUCAGUUGCUUACUACACUGUAAGCAUUUAGUGAAUCCUUCACCAGGUUCAUAAUAAUUCCACAAGAAGCUUCUCUUUCUAUUUUCUCUUGCUUCGCUCAUUUUUCUUCAAUUUUUAACUGGUUCAAGACACCCGUGGUACUUACUUGUGCACGCACAGAAAAAAGAUAAAGAAGCAUGUAACGAAAUGGACAUGUAUUUAGACCUGUUUACACAAUUGAAAACUUUUAACAUUUUUUGACUCUACAAUAGCUCUCAAAAUAUUGUUCCGGUAAAGUUAGUCAAGGAUUUUUUACUUUACGUUUCCGAAAUGUUGAAAACUAAAGUCAUGCCACCAUUUUGCCGAUAACUAACAAUCUUUGUUUCCAAGCUGAAACAUGUUAUAUGUACAGAUUAAUUAUUAAAAAAUAUAAAUGCUGUAAUUAAAGUUUAUGCAUUUCAAAAACCGCUUUAAGUUUUAUAGGUUGAAUACGUUUAAAAUGUAUUGUGCAAUGCCGACUUCAAAAGGGUAAGAUAAACUGUAAAAGUUUUCAAUUUUGUAGGUGCCUUUUAACUUUAAAGAGGAGUAUGCGUGCACUGUGCAGUACACAUUUCGUUCUCGAAUUCCGCUUCGCUAGUAACCUUAGCUUGCCGCUGACGUGAUGAUAUAAACAUUCAAAUUCAUUAGAUAAUUUAUAAAAUAAAGACGGUGUAAUGUAAGUACCGUAUCGAUAAUUUAAAUGCCCAUUAUUCUCUGAAAAUCAUACUGAUUACUGUAUUUUGUAAAUUUGCGGACUGGCAAUCAUUAGUGUGUUUGAACGUUUGGCAGUUUUAGUUGGUUAUUUUAUAAAGUGGAACAUGGCUACGCACAUUAUUUACAGUAAAACGUAUUUCCACUUUUCAUGGGGUCAAAGUAAAACAGUUUAAGAGCGGAAAGUGUAAAUAAAGGGAGGACCAUAAAAAGUAUUACAGCUUACCUUAUUUAGCAUGUUUGACUUUCAAGGAUAAAAAUAUUAAUAAAAAUAUCACAGCAUAAGGAAGUUGUACAAAAGAAAAAUAACAAAUUUACCGUUUUUAUCGCUAAAGCAUCACACAUUUUAUUCUAAAAUCAAGUUUGAAAAUUAGGGGUGAGACUGUGGGUGCUACUAUGAUGCAAAAAAAAAAGUAAAGUAAUCCAUAAAAACAAAACCUAUUCAUGGAAAGUACGUUUAUUUAAAAAGUAGACUUUGCGAAAGCACACCAAAUAAUUUAAAUUAAUGAGUGAUGCAAUAAAACCAUACUUUGCAUGUUGAUAGCUCGCAUACACCAUGUGCUACGCACAGCCUGGAUUUCCACUCCUACGAUUUUUUUACAUUGUGCAAAUUUUCAGGCCUACUUACGGUUUUCGUUGCCAGCUCCUUUAAUAAGUGGUUUGGGAUUGAUAAUUAGGGUAAUCAAUAGUUAUAAAAGUAACUGCAGUUGAUUUUUUUAUUUUAUUUAAUAGUUUAUAGUUUAAACAUCUAAAAUUUAGAGCCUGUCAACCAAUUUCUAAUUUCAAAAGAUAGUGUUUUUUUUUUAUACAUAUGUUGUACUGGCACAGCAGGUAGAAAUGUUUAAUUUAUAUUUUUGUGGCUACAAGUGACUACUUAAAGCAGUCUUAUUCUAGUAUUAUUUCAUUGAAAUUAUGAAUUGUCAGACAAUCAGCAUUUGUUUCUCAACACAUUAAAAA